AGUCCUAAUUUGUACAACAACUCAACGGCACAGUCAAUUUGAAGGUCGAUUUUUUAACUGUGCACCUGACAUCCUUGAAAUUCUUACAAUGACAAUUGACAUUGACACCGUCGGGAUUGUUUUCUGUCAAACCACUAGUAAUGUUUUUAACAUUUGACAGAAUAUGUGGGAUAAAGAAAACAUGGUUUAUCGCAUGGUUUUGUCUUCCUUUAUUUUACUAGUAUACAAACAAUCAUUUUAGUUGAUAAUUUUCAUUAUUUACCUGCUGGAACUCCACGUCAGCCAUGCUGGUUGAAGACGGAAGUCAGAUGCAUCGUGGGACUGCCGUUUCCAAAAAUAAACCACAUGUGCACAGGGAACAAAAUGAGGGUGAAGAAUCUUCUGGAUUUUAUUGCAAAAUGUGGUUUGAUGUAUGCACUGUUGUGUCCGGCAAAUUGUAGCGAAGAAGAAUCGGAAUUUACGGACAAAAUGGACCCAAAUAUGGACUUUCGUGGUGGUAGAGAGAACAUGGCGACAGCGAUUUAUAAGAAAAUGUUUAAGCACAAGAGAGCAGCACAAGUGGAUGCGGUGAAGAAAAUCCUUGCUUUCAACAAUUACGAAAAACAAUACAAGAUGGUUUCAAAAAUAUUUGAGAAUCUCUUCCAGAUGCUAGCUGCUUCCAAGUUGACUUUGAUGCAGUCUGGUUUCACUCCAGGUGACCCUAUACCUACAAAGAAUAUGACCCUCAGAGAUGCACAUUCUCAUGUUUUAGAAAACACAGCGUUCUUCGGGGACAUCAUUCUUAGAAUGCCAGAUAUUAGUCAUAAAUUGAUAGACAAGAAAAAAGAAUGGCAGCUUCUCAUUGGGUGGAGUGUGGCAUUUUGCAAUGAAUCCAAGAUAUUUGAAGGACCCAAUCUUAAGAUGUUGAAUCUGAUGGCACAAGAGAUGAAUUUAGUGGACAGAGACCCAGCAUAUGUGAACCCCUAUACCUCAGGAAACAAGAAGCUCUUGAAAGAUUUAGAAGUGCAAGAUGACCAGAAAGUGGACAUUAAGAAAAACAAGAAGAAAAAGAAGAAAGACAAGAACAGAGGACCUAGAAUGAGUGGACCUGUGCAUAAUGAGCUAUAGUGUAAUGGAUGCAUUUGGACUCCUGCCAAAUUUUCAAAGUCAAUAAGCAUUUUGUGAUUCUUUGUCAUUCCUUUGUUUUCUGUUUGUUUAGAUUGUAACUUGAUCGUACAUAUGACUUUUCUUUAUUCUUAUUGCAAUUUUAUUGUCCUCAUUGUGUUUGGGAUAUAUUUCAGUCAAACAUUAUAAAUUUUGGAUCUGAAAUAUCUCUUUGAAAAAAGAGAGAGAGUUUGAUGGAAGCAAUAUUGUCAUGGAUUUUCGUCAAAUUGAAAUGCAUAAUUUUUAUAUAUUAUUAUACAUGUGUAUUAUAAAUUUGAAAAAUUUGUGCAAACGGUUUUAUCUUUCACCCACAUAUAAUGUUACAUUACACUUUGGAGGUUUGUGGAAGGCCAAAGACUAAAAACACAUUUGAGGAUUUGAUAUUAUAAUGAGAUAACAUAAGCAAAAAAAAAAAAAAGCAAAAGAUUGCCUUGUUUAUAUUUAGUGUUAUUUGCAUUGUUUACAAGCAAUUGUCAUGAUCUCUUAUUGCCCAUGUAUGAAAUGUCCCAUAAAGGCUGUGCAGAUAUGUGUGCAAAUGUAUAUGUAUGAGUUUAGUUAACUUAUGUUUAUUUUAUGCGGUACAACAGAAUGCUACAGUAAGUGAAAAAUAUUAGAUAUUGUUGUUUUCUUACAAAACGUGAUGAAAAAUUCAGGUACAGUGUGAAUUAAAUGCUAAAAGUGUGUUGUAAGAGCAUAAUAGUACAUGUAGCGUAGAUAUUGUUGUAUUUCUCAACUUUGAGUAAAUGUACAUGUUGUUCAGUGUUACAGCAGUAUGAAAUUAUAGUGAA